CUCGUGCCCAGAGGCGCCGGGAGCAUGUCGACCCCGUUUGAGGAGCGCAGUGGGGUGGUGCCGUGCGGCACGCCGUGGGGCCAGUGGUACCAGACCCUGGAGGAGGUGUUCAUUGAAGUGCAGGUGCCGCCAGGCACCCGCGCCCAGGACAUCCAGUGCGGCCUGCAGAGCCGGCAUGUGGCGCUGGCCGUGGGGGGCCACGAGAUCCUCAAGGGCAAGCUCUUUGAUUCUACCAUAGCUGAUGAGGGAACAUGGACUUUGGAGGAUAGAAAAAUGGUUCGUAUUGUUCUUACAAAGACAAAGAGAGAUGCAGCAAAUUGUUGGACUUCUCUUCUGGAAUCUGAAUAUGCAGCUGAUCCCUGGGUGCAAGACCAAAUGCAGAGAAAGCUUACAUUAGAGCGGUUCCAAAAAGAAAAUCCUGGUUUUGACUUCAGUGGAGCAGAAAUCUCAGGAAACUACUCUAAAGGUGGACCAGAUUUCUCAAACCUUGAGAAAUAACCAGUACUUGCGAUGCUUUCUGUGGAUCCUAGCAGAUGGUGAUCAAAGACGCAGAUCUCGUGAAGAGGGAAAAUGUGGAUGCCUCCAGUUAACACACUGACAAACAUAUUUAAUUAUGGUUCUAAAAGUUGCAUUCAAAUAUGGUUUUAUGUAGAAAUUACAUACUCUGGGAACUAUCUAUGAAUAUAUGGUAACUUUUUUUGGACUUGUUUUUGCUCAGCAUGAAGUUUUAUAUAAAUUGCAUUUUACUAAUUUCAUAUUAAUUGUAUUUUUAAUACAAAAAAGCAGGUUAUAGAUCAUGUGAAAGGGUGCCUUCAGGGAUUUUUUUUUUUUUUUGAUAAGUGUGACACAGGAAUA